UUUCCCCCCUUCCAGUCCGGACGCUUUCCCCCCUUCCAGUCCGGCCGCUUUCCCCCCCUUCCAGUCCGGACGCUUUCCCCCCCUUCCAGUCCGGACGCUUUCCCCCCCUUCCAGUCCGGACACUUUCCCCCCCUUCCAGUCCGGACACUUUCCCCCCCUUCCAGUCCGGACACUUUCACCCCCUUCCUGUCCGGACACUUUCCCCCCUUCCUUCCGGACACUUUCCCCCCUUCCAGUCCGGACACUUUCCCCCCUUCCAGUCCGGACACUUUCCCCCCCUUCCAGUCCGGACACUUUCCCCCCUUC